AUGGCGGAUCCCAAUUUGAACCCGAGUGUGCUCCCAUUCCAAGAUACAGCAAUAUUGUCCAUGAAGAAGAGAGAGAAGGAAGGAGAUACCCCCUCCACUCUCACUGCCAACGGUUCCGACGUCCAGACCACCGAAGCCAUGGGAGAGAUAGUCUCUGCUCCAUCUGGAGAAUUGGCAGUUCCAACAACCAAGAUCGAUCAGUUGGAUGCUGAGGUCUUCUCCAACCUCAGUAUUGAGGAGAAGACUGCAAUCCAGUGUUCCGAAGAGUGGAUGAGGAAGACUCCCAAAGAGCGACUUUCCAUUGAUGGCAGCGCCUACUUCUCAACUCUCCAAGACAUGUACAAUCACCAGCCAUCAAGAUGCUCUCCUGAUUGCUGCGACUUUGUCGGUAUGAUUGAGAACAUGGUGCGAAUGCUCGACACCACUAUCAAGCGGGCAGUAGAAGAAAACUGCAUGCUACGAAAUCAGCUGGCGCUGAACGACCCUGUUGCCGUCGCAAGCCUCCGUCAGAUGAUGGAUGCCAAGUACAACGAAUUGUACGCUCACAUGGUUCAAGGGUGCCGCAUGAACCAGGCAUAUGCAGAUAAGAUCGGAGAGCUUGAAGGAAGACUUGCAGUUGUGAAAUUCCAACGCGAUGACGCUAUUCAACGACUACCGGAACUCUUUCAAAGCUCGAAGGAGCAGGACGCCACCAUUACGCGCUUGAUGGGAGAGAACAGAGACUUGACAGGAGACAGCCUAUCCUGGAAGGAGAAGUUCAUGCAGAAAGAGGAAGCCAUGAAGAACUCUCAAAGAGAUCUCAAGACGCAAAACAAAUUGCUGCAAAAGGAGAGCCGCAUGGUCAAAGAAGAAGCUGCUGCUAAGCUCGAGGCAAAGGACUCGGUCAUCUGGGACCUCCAGGACACUCUCAAUCAGAACGAGAAGCAAAACAAAUCAAAGCAAUUGAUCAAGGACCUCGAGGCAAAGUGUGAGCGUCUUGAGCGAGAGCUGGAUAUGGCUCAGAGUCAAGUGCGCAAACUCAAAAUCAUGCAUACUGUGCCACCCACGGCCCUGCCCAAGCCAAACGCCAAGAAGAACAAGAAUUCGAAGGUCAUGCAGCCCACCGUCGCCAUCGCACCUGUCGAAAAUACGGCCAGCGAGGAAUCACAAUCUUCUUCAGGAGAAGAGCCAGUCACUAGCCCCGUGGAUGAUGAUCGAGAAGAUGUAGAGCCCGAAGAACGUGCAUCCACUGGGAUAUUUGCACAGUUCAAGAAAGCACUCAAGUCUACAGCGAUUUUGCUCUCUGGUGUCUGGUAA